GGGUUGCGAAAAUAAGCGUUCGGGCCGCAGCUUGUUGUCGCUCUCGCACCCAAAGCGGGACCAAGCAAGAUGGCUGCUACUUUUCCAUGUUCAAUUGUCCGGUGCAGAGCAGCCGUUGUUUCAUCCCAAUGCAGUUUCUUCGCAUUGCCUUCUCUGCCUUAUGUCUGCCCCAAGUAGCUGGUUCUCCUGUCAAUUUGUUAGUUCCUACCUCUUUCUCCGUAUCACAUACCUCCAGUUGACCGGUAGCAUCACGUACACUGCUCACUGUUGAGGAAGACGUGUUGUGAAAAUGAACACCGGCGAGAAAGACACAAGCGUUGCACAGCACCAACACUCGAACUUGGGUUCGGUCUCGGGCUCUGGCUCGGGCCCCCCUUCAGAAAAGGGCCAUGACGGCCCAAGUCCACGGGCUUCGCCGCAGGAACCGGCCGCAAAUUCACCGUCGUCAAGUCCUCGGGCCGGCCCUGCCUUCCCUCCGCCCCCCAACGGCGGCCUGGAGGCAUGGCUCCACGUGCUGGGCGGCUUCAUGCUCUUCUUUAACACUUGGGGCAUCUUGACCUCGUUCGGCGUCUUCCAGACGUACUACGAGAGCGGCGAGCUCUUUCAGCGGCCGUCGUCGGACAUCUCGUGGAUCGGGUCUAUCCAGGCGUUCCUGGUUCAGUUUAGCGGUAUCGCGUCUGGCCCCAUCUACGACAGGGGCUAUCUGCGGACCUUGCUGGUUGCGGGCGCCUUCUGCAUCGUGUUUGGGCAUAUGAUGUUGAGCCUCGCGACACAGUACUGGCAGGUCGUUCUUGCACAGGGAGUCUGCGUUGGCGUGGGCAUGGGCUGUCUCUUUGUGCCGUGCAUCUCCGUCCUGCCCACCUACUUCAGCUCGAGGAUCGGAUUCGCCAUCGGCGUCGCCUCCUCGGGCACCUCGCUCGGCGGCGUCAUCUACCCGAUCGUGGUGCACCGGCUCCUGAAGCUCGUCGGCUUCUCCUGGUCCGUCCGAGUCGUCGGCUUCAUCGCCCUCGCCACCCUCGCUGUCCCCGUCGGCGUCAUGAGGAUGCGCGUCAAGCCGGCUAAGCCGCGCGCUGUCAUCGACUGGACCGCCUUCACCGACCUCCCCUACAUGUGGUUUGCCCUCGCUACCAUGAUCGGCUUCAUGGGCCUCGCCGCCUUCCAGUUCUACUUCUCUUUCUACUCGGCCAACCAGAAACUCACCACCCGCGACCUGGCCUUCUACCUCGUCGCCAUCUACAACGCCGCUUCGGCCGCCGGCCGUAUCAUUCCCAACGCCAUGUCCGACAAGGUCGGCCCCUUCAACAUUCUCGCCCCUUGCAUCCUCUUCACCGGCGUCAUCUACUUCUGCGCCAUCGCCACCCACACCUCGGCCGGCAUCGUCGUCGUCACCGCCUUCGGCGGCUUCUGUUCCGGCGUCUUCACCGCCAUGCCACCAGUCUGCUUCGCCGCCCUGAUCAAGGACAAAUCCAGGAUCGGGACGAGAAUUGGCAUGGGUUUCGCCAUGACCUCAUUCGGCCUCCUCGUUGGCGGUCCAGGCGGUGGCGCCAUCUUGGGCAGAACGGAGCCGUUGCACUGGCUGAGGCUGUGGAUCUUCGCUGGCGUCACCGCUUCCGUCGCUGGUCUCAUGUACACGGCUUUGAGAGUGGCCCGAUCGGGUUUUAAACUUGUUGUAAAAGCAUAACCGGGAAAGAUGGGGAAGAAAGGAAGAAAGGAUGACAGGGGAAACCGGGAAGAAAAAAAGGAGAAAAGAAGGCAAAGGCAUGAGCGGGAAGCAAAACAUAUUAGACGACACAAAACAGUGUCAGCUUGCAAAC